CCAACACUAUGGGGGCGUGGCGCUUGCUUUUAUGAUCGCUGCGCUCCGCACGGAGGUGCAGUAUUUGCAGGGAGGGCCAGACUAAGUCUCACUCGGAGAGUAGACUCAAGAGUGUCAAGAAACGAACUGGUGUGACCACGAACUGUGUAACAAAUCACAUUGUUGACUAUGCCAGAAAUACCCAAGGACAAGAUCAACCUCAAGAUUCUCUUGGUUGACGGCAGCACGCACACAUUUCUCUACCCAGCUCUGGCCACCGGAGCACAUGUGGCUCAGGACAUUCACCAGAGCUGGCCAUCAGUGUGGUCCGAGGCGACAGUGAAGAAACCAGAGAGACCAGAUGUCCUAAGACUGAUAUACAGAGGAAGAUUCUUGCACCAAGCCACCACACUCAGCUCAUUGUCACUGCCACUUGGUAAAACUACGGUGAUGCACAUGAUUGUCAGGGACAGACUCCCAGAGGAACAAAACACAGAAUCAACUCGAGUACGUACAAAAGUGGUGACAGCAGAUCAUCAAGCACAAAGUUCGUGCUGCACGAUAUUGUGAUUUUUUGUUUCCGUGUGUCAUUCUAUUUCUCCAGUUUUAUAUAUACACUAUCAUUAUUUGUUUUAAAAUGUGUUAUAUCAUUAUUUGUUGUCAUUUUAAAUGUGUUAUAUAGUGUGUGGCUGUUUGUGAUAAAAUAUGAUUGUGCGAUAAGUUCACGAGAUUGUACACGAGUCUUUGUCACCAGGAUUCUUAGCAUUCUGUCUCCUUUGGUCUGCACCCGAUUUGGGCUUGGGUUUGGGU